AGGAAAAUACGUCGACUUUGAGAUGGAGGGCAUCCUAUAUGAUACUUCUACUCUUUAUAUUGGUUUAGUUAAUGCUAUAAUAACUCAAUUUAAUAUAAAAAAAUAUAUAAAUUCUAUUGAGAAAAAUAUAUUGUUAGCCAUAUGUGUCCACCUAUUAAAAUUCAUAAUGAUGUUGGGGUAAAGGUUUUUCUAGGUCAGAUGAGGAUGAAUUUGAAUUUCUUUACAAAAUAUCCAUUAUGCAUCACUUUGAAAGAUCGUGAGAUGUAUAACGAAGGUCAUUGGGUUGUUAUUAUUGAUAGAAUAAAUUCUGAUGUUAGAUUAUCACAAACUAACAUUGAUUUGUACUCCAACAAUUCUAUCCGUUUGAUCGGAAUGAAUUUAGACGGAGUUGUCAAUGAUAAUAGUGAAAUAGAUAAUGAUGUAAUAUGUGACCAUUGCAACCUAUUUGUACCUGAUAAUCAGAUUUAUAAUAAUAGAGAAAUACUUAAGGAGGUUAUGAGGCAUGUUGGACUUGUUGAAAAAUUCAGUUUUCGUGUUGCGCGUUGUAAUGCAUCUAAUUAUCACCUGAAUUGUAUUUCUAAAACUUGUUCUUGGAUGAUGAGGGCAUCUAGUUUGAAUAAAUCAAAUUUAUUUAAAGUUAGGAAGUAUAUUGCUCAGCACACUUGUUCCGUUAGAGAAAGAGUUUAUGCCAGACGUCAAGGGAUAACUGACGUUGUAGCUGUCUUGAUAAUGGAAAAGUAUAUUGAUCCAUCUACGGUAUAUACUCCAAAAGAUAUAGCUGAAGAUAUGUUGAAAUUGCAUUGCGUUUCGUUGACGUACAUACAUGCAUGGAGAGCUAAAGAAAAAGCAAUAAAGUUGGUGCGCGGAGAUCCAGCAGAGUCAUAUGCAAGAUUACCUGGUUAUUUUUACAUUUUGGAGCAAACAUAUUCAGGAUUCGUUUUGAAAAUUAAAAGGAAAGAAGGUGACAAAUUUUUAUACGCAUUUGUUGCAUUAGAAGCUUGUAUUAGAGGUUGGAAAUAUUGUAGGUCAAUUGUAGUUGUCGAUGGGGCGGGAUUAAAAUGUUCAUAUGGUGGUACAAUGUUAACUGCCAGCACAAUGGAUCCGGGAGGUAAAUUUUUAUUCUAUUUAAUUUUCUGAUUAUAACAUAUAAUAAAAUAAGUUAUAAAUUAUAUUUCUAAUUGGUAAAUUUAUAACAAACAUGUCAUCCCUAAAUUUUCAUUUUCAAGAAGAAAUAUGUGUCUUAACAAUUGACAUUGGAUUUUCAUGUUAUGCAAAUUAUAAAAAAAUCCAAACAAUGUUUCUUGUAAGAAUUGUUGAAACUUCUCUUGACCUAGAAAGGUCAACAGAUUCGCAAACACAUUCAUGUUAAUGCAUGAAGACAAAUGUGUUUGUGUUUUCUUCUCCUAAAAAUUGUUAAAAUUAAAUUAAUAAGUUUAUCAUACUAUAUAACGUCAUAUACAAUCAUAAAAAAACUUCUAUAUUGAAUG